AUGGAAUCCUCCGAUGCCCGGGAUGCCCCUAUGCAGCAGGGAACCGAUGCAGAGACACCCGCUUGCCAGACAUGUCGAAGCCGGAAGCUACGUUGCGUGGAAUGCGUGUACGACUAUCAUAGGAACAAACCGGGUGUGAAGAUCGGCAUUAUCCAGACGUUGACCCAGAGAGUUGAAUCGCUGGAAGCAGAGCUGGAUGCCGUCAGAUCUCGACAAGCAAAUUUCAACGUGACCGGAAGCACAGAGUACGCUGGACAUGACGUGAACACAAUCCGUGGCGUGGUAUCAUCCCUUAUGGAAGAGUGGUGGAGCAACAAUUCUCGCCAGAAUGAUGCCCGUUUGCGCAGUCCAAUGGAAAUUGCCCAAGUCGAUGAAGCGUCUCAAUCAAGAACACCUACGACGGCCCCAGAUCAAACAACGUCUCACAAGAGAAGGCGUCAAGAAUCACCGGAAGACAGAGAGCCCAGUGGACAAUCGGCAUAUCUGCCCUCUGACAACUUGGUUAAUGCGGUGCUUGAUGCAUAUUUCUCAGCUGUACAUCCGUUCAUUCCAAUUAUUCAUGAAAUGCUCUUCCGGUCACGCCUGCGUGACCCUGCCGAGCGACCCAAAUUGGUCGUUGUAUUGCAUGCUAUGAUGGUGUGUGCUCUUCGCUAUAUCGCCAACGAGAGAUUGGCAAAGGAAUGGAUUACGCAACAUCCUGAUGCUCUCCAGAGAUCACGGGAGUGUGUUCUCUUGUCAAUCAUGGAUAAUAUCACCGUGGAAAAUAUACAGGCCCUGAUAAUAAUCGCCUUUGUACAUGUUGGGGAUGGAAAUGCGAACAAGGCCUGGCCAGCUAUUGGCACUCUGAGCAGGGCGGUUGUGCUCUUGGGUCUGAACCGCGAGCCUGAUGAAACAAAACCCGGAGAAGCGUGUCUCAAGCCACUGCAGUGCUUACCACCUGCAAGGGUUUGGACUGAAGCAGAAGAACGACGAAGGGUAUUCUGGAACGUGUUUUUGCUAGAUCGGUUAUGCUCCAUUACGACUGGGUGGAACAUGAACCUAUCAAGCGAUGAUGUUCAGGUCCGAUUGCCGAGCGAUGGGCUAUACUGGGUAAAGGAAGAGCCUGUGACCACCCCAUUUUUCAACAUCUGGGACUCUUCUAUGGCAAGGCUGGUUAAGUCCGUGUCUUUUCUUCCCGGUCACUUUGCCUCUCUAGCCGAUAAAGAAAAGGAGACUCCACCAACAGCUCCAAAUUCAGAGCGAGUGUCGCCUGCUGUGCAAGCACCCGAAGCUAGAACUGUCGAUGUUUCGACAAUCGGAUCCUUUGCAUAUUGCAUAGAAGCGACCGAGUCCCUGAACAGAGUGGUUAAAUUCUUCCUUCAGCGACCAGUUGAUCUCCAAGAUAGACAUGAAUUCAGUGCUUGGUUGACACGCUUCAAAGAAUUGGAUCUUCAAUUGAUUCACUGGAAAAUGUUUCUCCCUCGGAGAUGGAAGGACUCUAAUAUAUCAAGAGAACCGGCCUUUGUUCACAUGGAUCCAAACCUGACUCUCGCACAUAUCACCCACAACACAUCCAUGAUUCUCCUCCACCAGAGCAUUGCCUAUCCACGAGCGCACAUUCUGGAGAAGCUUCAGCUGGCUAGCACGGCAAGUGCUGAGACUUGUCAGCUGGCAGCUCUCGAGACAGCUAAUAUUGUACAAAAGUAUCUGCAAUAUACACCGUUUGUGGGCCUUGUCAGCCCUCAAUUCUCGUUCUGCACAUUCAUCAGUGCUCAUGUCAUACUAGUGCAUUCGAAUAUCCACAAAACGAAGCUCCCGGAUACAUACGGCGUCCUAUUGACAAGCCUACAACAAAUGUCCGACCGCUGGACUUCUAUGAAUCCCGAACUCAAAAUGGACGACAACAUUAGAAACUUUGCCGGAGGCCUACUCGAUCAGCUGCAAGUGUCUCAGGAAAUAUCAGGGCCCCUAUCAUUCGAUUAUAUCACCGAGGUGAAUCGUGCUCUAGGUGUUGAGCUUCCCGCACGCAGCCCCGAUAACAGUCAAUGGAUAGAGGAGCGUCGGGCCCAACAACGUCACAGUAUCAUUCCAGUCACCGGGAAUCGGUCACACUACAUCAGCAAUAACCGAACAAUUGGAGGCUCUAGCUAUGACAGCAGUUCGCUAGGCUCCAGCACACAAACGCCAAUGUCAAGGUCAUUUCAAAGCGAGAGACCAACAGACCAGAGCCAAAUUCAGACCAACCCAGCAUUUUCAUAUACGAGAACACCUCAGACAAGGGCCGAUAUGGAACUUGGCGAUAUCUUUCCUGCGCACCGUCAAAUGCCGCAAUUGGCAGAUGGCGUUGAUGGGUUCGCACCACUUUAUACCUUCCUUUCGGAUCCUCAAUAUAUUGACAUGGAUCGUAUCAUUAGCUUCCAUGACUCAUUUGUAAAUUAA